AUGAUUGAUCAACUAUUAGUAUGGAAAGUGCGAGGGGUGGGCACGUCAAAAGGAAGGAUAGGAAAGUUAGUGAGAAAACUCAAUGUGGAAAUACUAGGGAUUGCGAAACCUUUUCUUGGGGAAGAAAAAAUGAAGCUUUUGGCUUGUAAAAUAAAGUUGCCAAACUUUAUAUCAAAUGAGAAAACAAGAGGUAAAUUAUGGAUUUUUUGGAGUGAAGAUUACAAGGUUGACUGGGUUCAUUUCUCGGAUCAAGCUUUACAUGGAGUUUUCAUGAAGGGAGAAUAUAAGAUGUUAGUGUCGUUCAUUUAUGCGAAAUGUAAUGCUUUGGAAAGGAGGAAACUUUGGCAGGAGUUGGAGAAUGUUAGGGUGAGUGGCCUUCCUUGGGUAGUCUCUAGCGAUUUCAAUAUCAUUAGAAAUGACUUUGAGCGAGUGGGUGGCCACCCUAGACCUCUUCAGGCUAUGGAAGAUUUUAAUGAGUGCAUUGACAAGUGUUGUCUCUUGGAAGUACCAGUUCUAGGUAGAAAAUUAUCUUGGUGCAAUGGACAUGAGGGUUUGACUAGAAAGUUGGGCGCGGCUAGACAGAACACUGGUAAAUGA